AUGGCUCAUGUUGAUAUUCCACCUAACGAUGCUGCCUCUGUCUCAUUCCCUAUUAUACCUCUAGAGCUGGGACUUUUCCCAAUUAGAGUCUAUGCUUACUCUACAUGGGGGAACGAUGCUGUAGAGAAAAUAUUAUAUGUAGAGGGUGAAGGUUUAGAGAAGAUCCAUACAGUAUCUGUUAUGUUAGAUCCUUCUGGUAAAAGAUUGGUUAGAGACAAAGUAAAUAAUGUUACGUUCGAUUUACUUAAUGAAGUUGAUGAAGCAGGCCAUAAACAGAAGGUACAUCUAGACCUUGAUCUUCCACAGAAUGUUGUUCCAGAAACAGAGAAAUGCACCGUCAGUGCUAUUGGUGUUGAUACAUUAUUAAAAUUACCUACUGGUUGCGGUGAACAAAACUUGAUACAUCUUGCUCCUAAUGUAUAUGUUAUGAGAUAUCUAAAAGCUACUGGUAGACUAAUGCCGGAAGUUGAGAAGAAAGCCAGGGUGUUCAUGCGUCAAGGUAUGUUACGGCAGUUAACAUUCAGAAAAGAAGAUGGAUCAUUUGCUACAUGGCCACAUGCUGACUCAAGUACUUGGCUGACAGCGUUUGCGCUAAAAGUAAUGACAGAAUCUAAGACGUUUAUAGCAGUUGAUAACAAUGUAACUUGUAAAGCUUUAACCUGGUUAUUAAACAGACAUAAGACUGACGGGUCAUUUAUGGAGGAUUCGUGGGUGAUGCACAAGGAAAUGCUGGGAGGCACGACAGGGGAGACUACUUUAGCUGCUUUUGUUUUAAUUGCGAUAUUAGAAAGUGACUGUAAACCAGAGGGUGAAUAUGAUGUAGAUGAAUCGAGAUUAAGAACAAUCAGCUAUCUGGAGAGUAAAUUAGAAGAGCUUGACAGACCAUUGGCAGUAGCAAUGACAACCUAUGCUCUAGCUUUAGCAUAUAGUCCCAGUAGACAUAGGGCUAAUGAAAUAUUGAGAAACAUUGCUGAGAGAACACCCGAAGGUUUUAUCCAUUGGGGUGCUGGAGAUGUAGAGAAUUUCAAAAUAGACCUAAAACCGCAUUGGUUUAAUAAAGAACCAAAUGCUCUUGCUGUAGAAGCAACGGCUUAUGCUUUACUCGCUCAGCUUGAAAUGGGAGAAAUACAGUACAGUAAUCAGAUAGUAGGAUGGUUACUUCAACAACGAGAGUCGCAUGGUUCGUUUGUCUCUACGCAGGACACAGUGAUUGGGCUCCAGGCCUUAUCGGAGUACAGUGUACGAACAUAUUCUGCCAUAUUAGACAUGACCUGUCAUAUAACAUCAGAAGCCGACCAAAACUUUCAGAGGUUGAUUUCACUGCGACAUGAAGAUGCAUUAGUGUUGAAAUCCGUACCCCAGGUACCAACUGGAGGCAAGUUGAUGUUUGAAGCAGCUGGUACUGGAGUAGGCAUGAUGCAGGUUGAGGUCAGAUUCAAUGUGCCUCAAGAAGGUGAUGCUUGUAAGUUUGAUGUGAGUGUUGUAAGUAGAAGAUUAUCUCACAUGGUUUACCAGUUCUUCAGUCAUAACAGUCGCUCUGACUGUGAACCUUGUGCCGAGUCUUGUGAUGAUGCUGAAGAAGAGGAAGAUGAAGAAGAUUAUGAGACCUUUACUUUCCCCUCCAUCAUACCCCGUAUACAGAGGAUCGAUCUGGAUAAAGACGAGGGGAAUGUUGGCUCUAGAAUUGGUAGACCUUUCUCCAGGAUUGGAAGGCCAUUGUCGAGAUUCAGAAGAUCUGUUAGCGCUAGGAAUCUUUGUGUUGAAGUCUGUGUCAGAUACCAAGGUGAAAGAGAGACCGGGAUGUCGGUAUUAGAUGUUGGACUGUUUACAGGAUAUCAACCAAUUGAUGCCGAUCUUGAUGCGAUGAAAGCUAAAGGUAAAAUACAACAUUAUGAGAAGUCACAGAGAUCGCUUAUAUUAUACAUAGAAGAGAUAUCUAACAAGAAGACAGAAUGUUAUAAGUUCCGUGCUAAACAGAAACAUAUCGUAGAAAACAUUCAACCAGCUAAAGUUCAAGUAUUCGAUUAUUAUAACCCAACUGAACGGUGUACGUAUUUCUAUAAACCCGAUAAUGUCAGUGGUCAUCUUACCAAUUUUUGUGAUGAUAAGAAAAGUAUUUGUCAGUGUCUAGAAGGGCGUUGUAGUAGAUGUGAAGACGAUUGGUAUGGUAAGAAAUGGCAGGAAAUUAUCAAAUAUGCCUGUCAAAAUACUACUUACGUUUUACAGAUCAAGAUUUUAGACAUGCAAGUAGAAUCUACAGGGUUUCAGAGAGUAUUAGCAGUAGUCCAAAAAGUCAUUUAUUCAGAUGGAAUGUUAAAACUUCAACAGAAAGAUAAAUUAAUUUUGUUGAAGAGAUCAUCUUGUAUGUGCCCAUACUUUACUGUCGGUAAAAUUUACACUUUGAUGGCGAGAGAUCCUAAAAGAUUUCGGGAUAACGAUGGCAAUCUAGUACAUGCAUUUUUAAUGGAUAAAAUGGCUGUUGUGACUCAAAUCUAUAAAUCCCGCCAAAAGAAUCUUUCAGGAAUGCAGAAACAGAUGGCUCGACAGUUCAGGAGAUUUCAAAAACGUUUACUCAGAAAGGGGUGUCGUAAUCACCGAAAAAAGGGAAGAAUAUUACACUCUUUUCCAGGGAAAUAG